AUGAAGUUCCUCAAGGUCGGCCGAGUCGCCAUCAUCACCCGAGGCCGAUAUGCCGGCAAGAAGGUACGAAACAAUUACGAGUUUCUUCGCGCGCCCUCCCAGCUCAGUUCUCAAAUUUGCAUCGACGAGUUCUAUAAUUAUUUUUCUUCUCUUCCCAUUUUGGACGGCUCGCUUGUUGUUGUUCUUGUUGUUGUCGUCAUCAUCCAGCCCGUCGACAACGGCAACAAGCCUCACCCCUUCGGCCACGCCAUCGUUGCCGGCAUCGAGCGCUACCCCUCAAAGAUCACCCGCCGCAUGUCCAAGACCCGACAGGAGAAGCGCUCCAAGGUCAAGCCAUUCAUCAAGGUCAUCAACUACAACCACCUGAUGCCCACCCGAUACACCCUUGAGCUCGAGGGCAUCAAGGGCACCAUCUCCGCAGACACCUUCAAGGAGGUCAGCCAGCGGGAGGAUGCCAAGAAGACUGUCAAGAAGGUUCUGGAGGAGCGAUACACCAGCGGCAAGAACCGAUGGUUCUUCACCCCUCUGAGUAUGUUUUUAUCUUCUCCCGUCCCAAUCCGGUUCCCCAUCGAUUCAUCCCAAGGUGGCACGACACAAUGGAGAAUGCAGAGAGAGGAAUUCCAGCAGCGAUUCAAGAGCUAA